AUGUCGACCAGUAAUACAACGAUAACGAAAGAUGGCGACAGCCUGGCUACGUUGAAGACGCAGUCAAGUAACUCUAAACAUCAUAAGCAACCAUCGUCAAGUCACGACGAUAACACAUUGCUGCAAUCAUCGGAAUAUGAUGCUCAAAGUGCUUUCUCCUAUGAUGAAUUUGAAGGAAAUUCGCAGCGUUUAGAGAUGGCUGCACAUUUCUUAAAUAAAAUUCAAGCGCUUCGUUCCGUUUUGGAAAGUGAUAUAUUGGCUGCGGACGCUAAAUGGACGUUGUUUGUCGCCGCGGCUCUAAGCUACCGUUACGACUGCCAGUUGAUACCAUGUCCAUCCCGUUACACGGAAGAACAUUCAAUUUGCGAUAUAGAUGCUUUAGUUACCGUAAUCAACGAUACGCCUAAAUUACGAGUGGUGUAUCAGAACAUUGUUGAGAAAAAUUUCGAUGAACUUGACGCAGAUGUUAUGGAACUUUUGCAUUGGGUAUUAGUUGAGUUGAAAGGAUUUAAUUUACGUUCACUUGAUCCGGAGGAAAUUAAUUCCUUGAUACAUAGCAUUGAUGCGAAAGCUCAACUAACUGGACCUGCGUAUGCUUUUGAGGUUAUAUCACCGUCAAGCGUUCAUCCGCUCGAAGAGUUGCCUAAGCGUGCUGGUGACAAACCAAAUACUUUGGCUUUUUAUGGCAAUAAAUUGGAUACGUUUUAUAGCGUUAUCAACAACGGCUUCCGACUACAAGCGACUCCGAAAAGGAUUUUUAAGCUAACCAACGAUUUCAAUACUAGUCUGCAGUUAAGUCCGCCCUGCCCUGGAUGGGGAGCUUCGCAAUGCGGUCCAAUGAUUUCUUGCGCGGCGCUUUGUGAGUUCGCUUAUAGCUCGGAAUUGGUGCAUUUUCACACCAAUGAAAAUAAUAAGAAGAGCGUCAAUAUUGACGUAAUGUCACCAGAUCUUUUACGUAUACGUUAUAUAUUCUUUAUUGCUAGUGCGGGAUCUAAGCAAAGACGAUCCAGGCGAGGUUUCUUUUGUUGGGUGCGACGCCAUAAGUACUCCUUAUCAUUAGCUACCUAUGUGCUGCUAAUGGUGUCGAUCGGCAUUGCCAACAGCAGCAGCGGCCAUGCUAUAAAGGAUUUUCUCGCUAAGAAAUUGAACAGCGUGUUGGAUUUUUGUAAGCACGCAACUAUGAUUGAAUCCUAA